AUGAAAAGUCCAUCAAGCUUAAAUAAUAUGGAUAUCACAACUGAAGAUGGCUAAAAAUCUUCUAAAAAAUAGGAAGAAUAGGAAUAUAUAUCGUUUUUGUAUAUAUUAAUUAAUGUAAUUGUUUCGAAUCUAGGAAUUUUAUAUUUUGGAUACCACCUCUCAGUUAUGUCUUUAGCUUAAGAUACCGUUUUUACUGUAUUUGAAGUUAAAGAAAGUUAACAUAACUUCUACUCUUCUCUUCUUGCUGCUGCUAUUCCUUUUGGAGCUAUAUUUGGAGCAAUCAUACCUGGUAGCUUUCUUUCUAAUAGCUCCAGAAAAAACUCUAUGAUUUUUGCUGAUGCUAUUGGAACCAUUUUUGGACUCUUAGUCUUAACUCGUGAUAUAAAUAUGCUUGUUUUAGCAAGACUAUGUGCAGGAUUUGUCAUAGGACUAAAUAGCUCACUUGUUCUUAAAUAUGUAAAUGAAAUUACUCCAAUUAGUUUAACAGGAGUUAUGGGUAUAGUCUUUAGUAUAUCUUUGACUUUAGGUAUAGUUAUAGCAAGUUUAAAUGGAUAGUUUUUUAGUCAAAAUCCUUCUUAAGAAGAUUAAUACUGCUUUUUUGUACUAUUAUUUCCAUUAAUAUUUACUAUUAGCCGUCCUAUCUUAUUUUAAGUUUUCUUCAAUCACGAAACUCCUUUUUAUUACAUCCUUAACAACCAACCUGAUAGCUGCAAAUAAUUACUACAAAUAUUAUAUAAAUCUCAAUAUGUUGACAAAAUACUUUUAGAAGUUUAGUAAGAAGUAAUUAAGCAAGGCAGCAAAGACACUUCCAAGAGUUAUAAUAUUAAGCGCUUGUUCAUAGGAUGUACCUUGCUAAUAUUUUAGUAGUUUUCUGGAAUAAAUGCAGUUAUUAUGUUUUUAGGUUAAAUAUUUUAAAAAGAACAUUUUUCAUUUAGAAUGACAAAUUUACUUUCACUACUUUCUAAUUUUAUUUACUUAAUAGCCUCAAUUCUUAGUACGUACUUUGUAAAAAAGUAUACAAGGAGAGCCAUUCUUAUAACAGGUUCUUCAUUUGCUGGAAUAUUUCUGCUCCUAUUAGCUCUUUUAUAAAUUAUUGACAUAUAAUAAAUUUCUUUUCUUGCAUUUUUUUUUAUUAGCUGUUACUUUGUUGCCUUCAACUUUUCUCUUGGCCCUGUCAUUUGGUUAUAUAGUUCAGAAAUUCUUUCAUCUAAAGAAUUUAGCAUAGCUACAACAUUGAACUGGAUAAGUGCAACAAUAGUAGUUGUUUCAAUACCAUAUUUUGAUCAUUUGUGGCCACUAUUCAUUUUUUUCUCUGUUGUUUGCUUUUCUUGUGCAACCUUCACUUUAUUCUUGGUUAAAGAAACUAAAGAUAAAAGCAAAUUAGAGAUACUUCAUUUAUAUGAUCCUUAACAAAAAGAUCAAGGUGAGUAUUCUAGUAUUGCUUUAAACACUUCUGAUCAAAAAAAUUACGUAGACUGA